AUGGCAGCCGAGAAGGACAUCCUUCCGUCACACCACAGCGACAAGUCUCUUGGACUGACUCCUCAAGAUGCCAAGGCUGCGGACAAAUCGCAUCGAAAAUUGAGUCCGCUUCGACUAUUAUGUUAUGUUCUUGCUGCUUCAUUUCUGCUCGGUGCGCUGCAUAAACCUGCAACUCACUGCUACCGCCGUGUAUCAGACCAUGUCUGCGGGAAGACAUUGACUGUAGAACAACGGGCUCGUCGGAUCCUCGCACAUAACCCUCUUAUUGACGGUCAUGUCGACUUGCCCAUCGCCCUCCGUGCUCUUUACCACAACCGCAUCAACAACAGGGAGUGGGCUGAGUCGUUUGAGAACGGCACACUCCCCGGCCAAGUUGAUCUCCUCCGGCUAAGACAGGGUCAAUCCGGCGGCGCCUUUUGGAGUGUUUAUGCUCCUUGCCCGGAAAAAGGAGACGACUUUUCCGAUGCCAACCUUGCUGCCAGCGUUCAGUACACUUUGGACCAAAUUGAUGUUAUGGACAGGCUCAUGGAUGCAUAUCCCAAGGACUUUGCCCCACGAGUGAACAGCCAUUGUGCCAGAGGCGCUUUUAGAUCCGGCAAGUUCAUUUCUCCCCUCGGCGUGGAAGGUCUUCAUCAGAUUGGAAACUCGGCAGCCAAUUUGCGAAGGUUCCACGAACUUGGAGUCCGAUACGCCACGCUCACGCACAACUGCCACAACAAGUUUGCCGAUGCCGCCGUGUUGGAGCACCCGUUGAGAAAGGCCGAACCUCGCUGGGGUGGUGUAAGCCCUCUGGGACGCAAGCUGGUUCAUGAGAUGAACCGCAUUGGCAUGAUUGUAGAUCUGGCCCAUGUGAGCCAAGAUACCAUGUUUGACGUUCUGGGAGGUCGUGCCGAUUGGGCAGGAUCAAAGGCACCCGUUAUUUUCUCACACAGCUCUGCCUACAGCAUCUGCCCCCACCCUCGUAAUGUCAAGGACGAGAUUCUCAAGCUGGUCAAGAAGAGAAAUUCUAUCGUCAUGGUCAACAUCAACCCGGGGUUUAUCUCCUGCGUAGACACGGGUAACAAGAACGGCCUGCCGGAGGACGACGCUGCCAACGCAACGUUGGAUCGAAUCGUAGAGCACAUCUUACACAUCGGUAAUCUCAUUGGCUUUGAUCAUGUCGGUAUCGGCACCGAUUUCGAUGGCAUUGGAACUGUCCCCAAGGGCUUUGAAGACGUCUCCAAGUAUCCGGAACUAGUUGCUGCUCUGUUGAGAGCUGGCGUUAGCGACCGCGAUGCUGCAAAGAUUGCUGGACACAAUUUGCUUCGUGUCUGGCAUCAAGUUGACGCUGUAUCUGCACGAAUGAAGGCGGAAAAUGCGCCCAUCAUGGAGGACGAUGUUGAUUUGCUCACGCCUUAA